AUGUCAUUACCCAGCCAGAACUCAGGUAUUUCCAUGACAACAUUGCACAUGACCGCCGAGCCAAAUAACACUGUGCCCAUUGGCGUAAUGAUAACACUUACCUGCCACGUUGAUAACUUUGUUGUGCCCGUUAUAUCUGUGAAAUGGUUCCAUAACGAUGUUAACAUCUACGGUUAUAGACCAACCCAUAAGGAGGCGCUGGACAAGUAUCGAAAAGAGAACCCGACCCCGGGAUCAUGGAGGUUAAUAAUUUUGUCAGCACAGCCUGAAGAAUCGGGGGUGUGGCGAUGUGAGAGUAACUUCUCACCAUCAAUGAAGACUGCGAGCUCUCAAAUGGAACUUAGGAUAGGAGUUCCCCGCAUUAUGAGCAUUUCCAGAGACGUAGAGACAACAAUAUCAUCAACCAUGUCUCUCUAUUGUAACGUAUCAGCUGAGCCAGACGCAGUCUUGGUAUGGAGUAGGGUGAAGCCACAGCGCGCCCUCCCCAUUGGCCACACUGUGCACCCGAUAUCCAAAGUACUCCGAUUCGUUGUGUCAUCAGUGAGUGACGCAGGGGUGUACGAGUGCAUUGCGACCAACCAACUGGGGAAUGCAGUUGGGCGUGUCAAAGUCUCUGUCAUACAUGCCCCGAUUAUCGACACUGAAUUAUCCGAGUCUCACGCAACCAGUUGGAUCAAUAUACCGGUCAAUUUGACCUGUGCCUGGAUGGCUUACCCGACCCCGAGAGUAAGCUGGGAUCGGAAUGGCAUCUUGGUUGAUCAGAAUCGAGUUCAAGUCGUCACCAGAAAAGAUAUCAGUUUACUACAGGUGACUCCAACUACAACAGACUUCGGCGUGUAUCGAUGCAUCGUUGCUAACAACAUUGGAAGAGUAGAGCAUAUCGUAUCCCUAUCCGCGGCAGUUACUCCAGGCGCUCCUCUGAAUGUCCGAGCUGGCUCUACCUCUCACGAUACUGUGAUCUUACUCAUCGACUCACCAAGAGAGACGGGCGGUCUGGCGCUCACACACUUUCGCGUGAAAUACCGUAACAGUGCUGUGUUGAGAUGGGAAGUCAUCGAUUUUCCAAUCGGUAAGAACACCAUAAUUGUUGGUUUGAAGCCCAACCUGGAAUACCUGUUCAAAGUUGCAGCUGGUAACAUGGUUGGAUUCGGCAACUACUCUGAAGUCGUUGGGAUUCUGACCGGCUCACAGUAUUCCCCAUCCAAAGAAACCACUGCCUCAACCAAUUCUAACAACACCGGACGGGACGGCACAUCGACAUGGCCACAACACAAGGACAGCGGGAGGGAUUCCUCCAACACUACCGAUAAGCCGGGCGUCGGGUCAUUCGGACCCUCACCAUUUGCCAUUAUCAUCGGGGUGCUCGUUGCGGUGUUCUUGACUGGGGUGGUAAUCUUCAUUAUGUUGUCUCUGUACUGUGUGAAAUGGCACAAGAAACGACCGACAGAGGAACAAAGGUUGUGCAGGAAUCGCCCUAGCUCUUAUAUAUUUAGUGAAGCUUCGCUAUUUCAACUCAGACAAGACAGUGUGCAGUAUGACGUAAUGCCGAACUCCCCGGGACUCCUACGGGGUGAAUUUGAAUUCCCACGGGAUGGCCUCAAGCUUGGCUCAGUGCUUGGUACCGGGUCAUUUGGCAAGGUGGUCCGUGGGGAAGCAGACGGGAUUUUACGGCAUGGUGUGAACAGCGUGGUUGCCAUCAAAAUGCUUAAAGAGAAUGCAACUCCAACUGAUCAUCAAGAUCUGCUGAAGGAGCUCGGUGUCAUGAAAAUCCUCAAACCGCAUCCAAACAUUGUGACACUCUUCGGAUGUUGCACUAUGGAAGAUCCACCUUUGAUUAUUAUGGAGUACCUUCCCAAUGGUAACCUACUCCAGCAUCUUCGCAGUAGUCGUCAACGCAUAGAGGACAUCCAGACGCAGCGAGCGAGUAUUCGCACAGCGCUCUCGCCUACUGACCUCAUCCGAUACGCAUAUGAGAUCGCUAACGGGAUGACAUACCUGGCCUCCAUGAUGUGUAUUCACCGUGACCUGGCUGCCCGCAACAUCCUUCUCUCUCGUGAUGGAGUAUGCAAACUAUCUGACUUUGGUUUAGCACGUGACGUAGUCAAUGGUGGAAUCUAUCAGAGGAAGACGCAGGGUCGGGUUCCAAUCCGUUGGAUGGCGCUAGAAUCUCUACUGGACAAUGUCUAUACAAUUCAGAGUGAUGUUUGGUCCUUUGCCGUUCUCUUGUGGGAAAUUGUCACCAUAGGUUCGUACCCAUUUCCUGGGAUGUCUUCUAAGAAACUCAUCAAGGAGCUCCAGCGAGGUUACAGAAUGCCGAGGCCUGAUCACUGCAGUGGGGACGUAUACGACAUGAUGUUGGACUGUUGGAGAGAAAAUCCAGAAGAUCGGCCAACGUUUGAGAAUCUGCGAAACAGACUGGAGGCCAUCCUCAUUGAAUCCAGAAAUUACCUGGUCUUGGACUUUGACGAGCAACUGUAUGAUUACACGUACACAGACAGCACUGAUCCCAUUGACGUUUAACGUACAUGGUCAGGAAGCAAUAGAAUGACGUAUUAUUGACAAUGUAUUUAUAUUGUAAAAAUGUUUUCAUCAGUUCAGUCUAGGAUAAGAAUGUUUUCUUGUGACAAUAAUAAUAAGUAAGACUUAAGGCCCAGUCACAAAGGCCACGAGAAUGAGAACGUUAAAAAAGCACGCCCUCGAGUGGUGGAACAAGCGUGCGCGCAUUCUGCCUGGAGCAAUUCAACUAAUAGAAUGCGUUCUCUUUGCAUCGUGAUCAUUAUCGUUUUCGUUAUCGCUGCAGUGUGACUCGGCCAUCAUAAAGCACGGUUUUUGAAAAUACAAUCUGCUAAACACUGUGAAGUAGGUUUCAGGUUUGAUACAUGCCCCCUGGUCUUGCCCUGGUGCCCCUAAAAUGCUCCAGUCGAAAUUUACAAAGAUUGCAUCAAAAUGGGGGAGGUGGGGGAGGUUUUUAUGGGCCAAAAAAAAAACAGAUGAGAUUUUAAUUUAGACUUGAAUGUCUGGAGUGAGUUUAUGAUGAGAGUGUGAUUUGUGAAAGAGUCCAGCAUUGGGGACCAGCAGCUGAGAAGGAUCGGUACCCUGCCCUUUUGUAAGUGCGAGGGAUUGGUAGAUUGUGGGUGGAGCAGAGAUUUCUUGUUUUAUUUGUGAAUUACCACAGUAUUACAAUAACUCUGAUAUUAGAAUGAUACAUGUUCAUGCUUUAAAGACACUGGACAUGUUUGGUAAUUGUCCAAGACCAGUAUUCUGAUUUGGUGUUUCUCAACAUUGCAUCAAAUAUAAAUUCUGUGUAAAUUUAGACCAAAUUGGUCUUUAAAGUUGUAAGAGGAUAAUGAAAGAAAAAACAUCCUUACUGCACAAAGUUGUGUGCUUUCA